AUGGAAUUGGGGGAGGAGGUGGCGCGCGCGCUGGGCACGGGCUUCGACCUCACGUCCGACUUCCGCCUGCGCUUCGCGAAGCUCCGGCGGCGGCUCGUGGACCUCAACGAGGCCGGGGCGAGGGACGUCCCCGUCCCGGGCGGGGGCGGCGCGGUGCUGCGCGGGAUACCGCGCGACGUCGGCAUCGACAAGGGCGACCGCAUCCGCUUCCGCUCCGACGUCCUCGAGUUCAACCAGAUGUCGGAAUUACUUAAUCAGAAAUCCUCAGUCCAAGGGAAAGUUCCUUCAGGCUAUUUCAAUGCACUUUUUGAUUUAAUGGGAGCUUGGUUGACAGAUGCCAAAGAGAUUAAGUAUCUUGCUUUUGACGGCUAUUUCAUUUCGUUGUUCAACUUGAACCUAAAAGCUUCUCCGUUGGUUCUUUGCGAUGAAGUCAAAAAGGCUGUUCCAUCCAAGUGGGAUCCUGUAGCAUUAUCUUGGUUUAUCAGAACUUAUGGGACACACAUAAUUGUUGAAAUGGCAGUUGGAGGUCAGGAUGUCAUAUGUGUUAAACAAAGUCAUUCUUCAACUAUUUCAUCUGCUGAACUAAAGUUACAUCUGGAAGAUCUUGGCGAUUUUCUAUUCUCCGAUGGGAAAAACCUCUCCCCCAUACAUCGUAAGACCAAGGAUGGCAAGAGCAAGGUGCCUGAUGUUUUUGUCAGGAUAGUGCAGCAGCCUAAUAACCUACAUCUUUCCAGUUACUCAGAAUCAUCAACCAAAGAUGGCCUGACAAUUACAUGUUCGAAAAGGGGUGGAGAUGUACAUAUACCCAGUCACUCCAAGUGGUUACCAACAGUUCCGAAGAAUCCUGACGCUAUAAUGUUCAAAUUUGUUCCCAUUACCUCUCUUCUUACUGGCAUUCCUGGUAGUGGUUACCUCAGCCAUGCCAUCAAUUUAUAUCUUCGCUAUAAACCCGAUCUUGACGACUUACAACAUUUCUUGGAGUUUCAAGUGCCUUUGCAAUGGGCACCUGUGUUCAAUGUGCUUGUCCUUGGGCCCCAGAAGAGAAAAGGCUCUUACCCUUCCUUGCAGUUCAGAUUCCUUGGCCCCAAACUUCGAGUUAACACUUCUCAGGUAUCUAGCGCCCAGAAACCUGUAGUCGGUCUUCGGUUAUAUCUUGAGGGUAGGAAGUGCAAUCAGUUGGCCAUCCAUGUCCAGCACCUCUCUAGUGUCCCAAGCAUGCUUGGAGACUCGAUGGCAUCUUCGAUGUCUGAGUGGCGUGAGUCGGAAGAUACAGACCCAGGGUACAUUGAGGCUAUCCAGUGGAAUAGUUACUCAUGCAUUUCUACAUCUGUUGUGAAGUACAACCCCGAGUGGAGUAAGAGAGUUUCUGGUGGAGUUUUCAUCGUCACUGGUGCCCAGCUCUUCACAAAGGGAACCUGGGCAAGGAAGGUGCUCCAUCUGCGGCUCCUCUACACACAUAUCCCAAAGUGCACCAUACAUAAAUCUGAGUGGACCCGAGCACCAGCAGCAUCUCAAAAGGGAAGCUUUUUUACAACAAUAAGCACAACUCUAAGCUCUCCUUUCAUGCAUCGCAACGCACAGCCUGCCCAGAAGCAUGAGCCGGCGCAGCUGAACUCAGGUGUUUACCCUGAUGGUCCACCUGUUCCGCUUCAGUCGAGGAAGCUCCUGAAGUUUGUUGACAUGUCGGAGGUGGUGAAGGGGGCACAUGAUGUCCCUGGGCAUUGGCUAGUGACAGCUGCGAAGCUUGUGAAGGAAGCUGGCAAAAUUGGAUUGCAUGUGAAGUUUGCCCUGCUCAACUAUGAUGAUACAGAACAACCGCAUGGAAGUAUCAUGAGCUACCACUGUAAAUAG